GUUGGACGGAGUGACCUUGUCCCAGAUACCGAUCAACCUUGACGAUCUUAGUGACCAUAUGGGGGAACAUGAAUAACAGCUCUUUAGUGCUGAAUUCAACAGAUAUCUUGCGGAACCUAACUAUAAAUGAGAAGUAUCUGUUUGCUACCUCUGCGUAUACCCAAAUAAUCGCUAGUUUGUGUGCACUGUUAUCAUGCAUGAUUACAUUUCAUCAAAUGUAUUUUCACCUCAAAAAUUAUACAUGUGUUUCUGAACAACGAUAUAUUAUACGGGUGUUGGUUUUGGUGCCGGCUUAUGCCAUUUACUCUUUUCUGAGCGUUCUGCUUGCAGUACAUGCAAUGGUGGAUAGUAUAUACAUCGACUUUAUACACGACGUUGCAGAAGCGUUUGCAAUCUACAGUUUUUUAGCUUUGUGCUAUCAGUAUCUUGGAGGAGAAGGUAAUAUAAUGUUGGAGCUUACUGGAAAAACAAUUAAUUUCAGUAUACUUUAUAGUACCUGUUGCUUCGCAGGGAAGCCGUAUACCAUAUUAUUUCUACGGUUUUGUAAAAUCGCUACUCUUCAGUAUACACUGAUCAAACCAAUUACAUCCGUCCUGUCGAUGGUACUAACGGCUUCAAAGAAGUAUACUAUUGGUGAUUUUGGUCCUACGUCAGGCUAUCUGUAUUUAUUCCUGAUCAAUAACGCUACUGUAACUCUUGCCAUUUAUGGUUUGUUGUUGUUUUAUUUCGCAACUCGGGAGCAAUUGAAACCAUUCUCACCGUUACUCAAAUUCGCUACAAUUAAAUCGAUCAUCUUUUUUAGCUUUUGGCAAGAUGUACUAUUCAGUAUUCUGGAAUGGAGUCACGUUAUAAACAUGACAAGUGGAUAUUCAGCUACACUGAUUGCUGGUAUUUACAAAAAUUUAUUAAUAUGCAUUGAAUUGGUUGUUGUUGCGAUUGCACUGCGUUAUGCAUUUCCCUAUAGUAUUUAUGUAUUGCAUCAUCCACCACGCCUUGUUUUUGACUUACCUCCAAACGACUCUUAUUGGGCUAACGAUGAAUUUUUGUUUACUACAAAACCGUCUGUGGGUUUUAAACCAUCAAGAGACUCACUGGCAGUUAAUUCUAUCAAAGAAAAUUCAUCACAGUUUACACCGGCAACAUUUGUUAGUUACGCACCAUCAGCAACAUAUGCUGAACCAUUACCAUGGGAUAUUGUUGAUCCACAAUUGAACAAUGGUGUAUUUGGAAAAGCGUGGGACGUUAAAAAUUCGAGUGUGAUCCCAAGUAUAUCUGCAAGUAUCAAAGCAACUAUUGAUCCUACGGAUAUACUUGUUGAUGCAGUUCACAAUUUCCAUCCUACUUAUCGCCAUUAUACUCAGGUUACUUGUUACCAAAUCUCAUGCUCUAUGUAGUCGCAGGCAGUGUUACUACAAUAUUCAACAAGACUAAACUUGGUAUACAAACAGGAGGGAUUUCUGUGAUUUACUAACAAGUUCUAAGAGCUGUACAGAGAUUAAAAGUGUUAUAUUGUACAGUGUCUGAGAUCUGAACGCGAUACAUGCUUAUCUGUUCAGUAAUUGAAUCAAUCAUUACCAUAAAACUGUAACGCUAAAAGAGUGAGACGAAUGCUCGUAUAGAUCUCCACUUUCUUUCAUCAUUCUGAUCUUUUGUUGAACUAGAGUAAUACGUAACAACUGAUACUCAUUCAAGAUAAGAUCAAUGUUGCACUCCAAUACCUAUUUUAACUUGACAUUUCCAAGUGCAUAUUAAUUCAAUCUAAGGAGUAUGUCAUUUGCAACAUUUUAAAUUCUCUCUGCAAUUCUAAUAUGAUGAACAAACUCUACCGUUAACUGACUCAAAUGGAUGAAGACAGUUGAUGAAUAAUUUACUAUGAAAUUUCCUAUCAAUCCACAUGUGUUUACUCCAUUUUUUCCGGAAAUAAAUAUUCAACCAAAACGGUGUAUUCACACUGUGUACAUUUCAUCACAAAUUAUUCAGGUUCGAAUGCUCAGUAUUGCUCUUUUUUUGUUUUUGUGAAGAAAACAACAUCAGCAACCUGUUUAUGGACACAGUACCUGUCUUUCGCUGUUUCUCUUGAGUAUUUCCUUGUUUUUUAUUAUAACAUAUACUACAUGUGAUUGGGACUUAUUAAAAUAAAAGUAUUUUCAGAUGAAUCUUUUUUUUAUUAUUUUAUAUAAUUCUCAACGGUUCUACUUUAUUUUAUCCUAUCCGAUAUUUAUCUUUCGACAAUGAAAAGGGUUCAAUAAAAAUGUUGU